AUGGCCACUGUUAUCAACAAGAGCGUUGGUCCUAUUGGCUACGGCCUCAUGGGAUUCACUUGGCGACCAGAGCGUCCUCCUCUGGACCAGGCACUUGCCGCCCUCAAGGCAGCAGUGGAAAACGGCAUGACCCUCUGGAACGGCGGCGAAUUCUACGGCACACCCGAGUGGAACUCUAUGACUUUACUCAAGGAAUACUUCACCAAAUAUCCGGAAGAUGCCGACAAGAUUACGCUCAUCAUCAAGGGUGGAGCGGAUCUCGCUACGCAUAAGCUCGACGCAUCUCCAGAGGGCAUUCGACGCUCGCUCGACAACAUCAUCAACCAGCUAGGAGGAACCAAGAAGCUUGACCUCUUCAGCUGCACAAGAAGAGACCCCAACGUCCCUCUGGAAGUGACCUUUGGAGUCAUCCAGAAGGAGUACAUCGACACUGGCAAGCUCGGCGCCAUUGCACUCUCUGAAUGCAACGCCGAAACCAUUCGGGAGGCGGCCAAGAUUGCCAAGAUCGGUACCGUCGAGGUCGAGAUGAGCAUGUUUACCCCGGAUAUUCUCACCAACGGCGUUGCUGCGGCCUGUGCCGAGCACGGUAUCCCCAUUACUGCCUAUUCUCCUAUUGGACGGGGAAUCCUCACCGGUAGAUUCAAGGACGUAUCACAGGUCCAGGGCUUUGGAUUCAUCUCCAAGUUCCCCCGCUUCGAAAAGGCCGCCUUUGACCACAAUCUCCAGCUAGUCGCUCAAGUUGAGGCUCUCGCCAAGGACAAGGGCUGCACCCCGGCUCAGCUCGCCAUCGGCUGGGUGCACAGCCAGAGCAACCGCCCAGGACGACCAACCAUCAUCCCCAUCCCCGGCGCAACAACAGCGGCACGAGUGGAGGAGAACUCCAAGUUGAUCAAGUUGACGGAAGAGGAGGUGAAGAAGAUUGACGCCAUCAUCGAGUCGUUUGAAGUCGCCGGCAGCCGAUAUCCCGCCCACGUCCCGCACAACACCUAG